GGUCCAGUGAAAGUGUCGCAGUAGUGUGUCGGAUUCGGUUGUGUUUGCCUUUAUGUAACCGAACGUGUGAACGACUCACGGUGUCCGCCGCUGUUUUGCAUAUUGUACGGAUUUCAAUGUCCGCUGCGGCACGUGCAUCACGCGGAUUUCUAAGUCCAAAUGCUCUCGCGGUUUCGCUUCUAUGAACCGAUUCAAAACAUACUCAGGGUUUUAUUAACAUAACACGCGACCCGCGACGCAGUAAGAAAGAUGAGAUAGGAUUGGAUUUCAAUAAUUCAACUUCACCAGCUAUUAUCCAAUCGCUAUCGAUCGCGAUUUACAUACAUUUCCAGCCUAUCUUUCUAUCUUUCUAUCUCCAGCCUAACAACAUCUUUUUGCUCUAUCUGCGCGAAUAGGUCUAGGUCAGACAACAGCUAGGUCUAGGUCAAGUUUAAGCACGGUGUAACAGCAAUUUUCACUUUCGAUCUUCUUUCGUUGAAUUCAUUUUAUUUCUCUGUCAACCGGUUAUUUUCUUUCUUAUAGUACGCGAUAUUCUGUUUUAUUAUCUGUUUCAUGAUCGUGUUAAAAUAGUUAUUUCGUAUAUUGUACGUUACGCUCCCUUUGAUCUUACACGCACGAGCACGCAGAUGGUUAUCUGUGGCUGCUAGCGAAAUUGCAUUACAGUACACGAGGCGUUAGUUAAUUAAGAAGAGGUCGCGCAAAACCUCGCUACUCGCGGACCGUUCUCCAACGAUGUUUUCGCAAUUAUACCGCGCAUCGAUGCCACCUUUCUGUCACUCUCGCAACAGAUCCUCGAUACUUGGCUACGCGAGCGUCGUUUAUGCAUGGAAUAGAAAUCGAUGGAAAUAAGCGUGUAUUAGUGCGAUAAAAACAGGAAAAAGAUAAUCACACGACACAGUCGACGUAUCACACAGGCUAUAGAAAUUAUUUUAUCGUCGAUCUACUUACUACCACGAGUUUUGCGAGUUAAAACUUGGAAAUCGAAUUUGGAUUAAACUAGUGUUCUAUGUUAUGCAACGUAGAAAAAAAUAUGACGAUUCGAAUGAUUUAUAACGGAUGCCCAAUAAAUUAUAGAUUCAAACAAUUUAGUCAAUUACGGUUCUUUUUACGCAACCGAGAGAUGACGUAGGAUCAGUUAGGUAAUGAAUUAACGUUUUUCCUUUUAUCGAAAUGGAAAAAAUCAAUGACACAUGACAGAGGCUUGAAAGUAUACAUAUAAUAACAGGGUAAUGAUUUAUUGAUAAAGAGAAAAUGUAUGUAUGUAGCGUAUCUUGCGUCGCAACAUCGUUAGAAUGAGACACGUUUUGAGCACGUUUCCUACUUUUCCCCGAUUGAUAUAUCGUGACAUGUAGAAUCAUGAAGGAGAGACGAGCACGUGUAGUCUGCAUAUAAACGCACAUUGCGUCGAACUUGGCAAGCUUAACGGAAAUGUAAAAUAUUUUUCUUUUUUGUUAACAGAUUAAAAAUUCAUAAAGGAUUAUUUCUGUUUUAAUAUUUAAAGAUCACUUUUUAAAAUGUGCAGCUACAGAUCUGUUUCUCAAUUUUUUAAAUGUCAAGGCUUCCCUUUUUUUUUUGUCACGAGAUUAUUGCGUUUAAAACACAUUUUUUCUUCAAUGGCCUCCCCAAAUUUUCUUACUGAUUCCUUUCAUUCGAAUACAAAAUUAGAAAAUCAUAAAUCAGAGUAAAGUUACUUUCGUAUUCGUUUGUUCCUUAAAGAAAAAAAUAGAACAGCGUAGAAAUGUCCUUUGUAUUUGCAAUAAUAUUCAGAUUUAUGAAAAGAUACAAAAUUUAUUAAUGAAUACUUCUCGAACUCAGAAUGAUAAUUUUAAUAGACAGUAGUAAAACAAUGCGGGGAAAAAGCAUCGGCGCAUUCUGUCACGAAAGUUCGCAAGGAUAACUAUUUUUAUUUACUGAUAAUUAUAUAGUGAAUGAACAAGAGAAGAUGCCUGGCCACCGUCAGCCUAAGUCCCUAGAGAGACUUAGUUUGGGACGUGUGUGUCAACAACUCGACGGGACGUGCCGCAGGCUGCAGGUGCUUUCACAAAAAUUAUCUGCUGCACAAGUAUUGGCAUACGCAAAGCAGACCAUUAGACCUUACUACAUAAAUGCCUUGCCAGCACGUUUGAGGUCUCAAGUUAUCGAAGGAACUUCAAAAAUGUUAUAUGGGCCUGCAUCAGACGGAACAACUUUAAUUGCUGGCCCAGCCCCUUUAUACUUAUUAGCCCUUCUUCUUGGACACGAUAUAAAACAGUUGAGAGUGAAUCUCUGCUGUUACUAUGGAUGCAGCCAUCAGACAUCGUUGCUAAAGCUACUUGCAUCAGAAGGAAUUGGACUUGAAUCUUUAGAGCUGGCUCGUUCAGCUUUAUUAAGAUUAGACUGCAAAUUAUUAAGAUGUGCUCUCUUAAAUAUGAAGAAUCUGAUGAGUUUAACUUUACGUAAUAUAGCCAGUGAUGUAGUGCUUCAAGUAGUGGGAAAAGCUUGUCCAAAACUUGUACACCUGGAUGUAGCUUGUUCCAGACAAGUAACAGAUGUAGGAUUGAAGCAAUUACUGUUACAAGUAGAACUUAGAGACAAGGUGCCCCAUACUGCGAUGCAAGAACCUACUAGUUGGUCCCGUUUGAAAACACUGCUUUCAAAAUUGAAAAUGAGAAAUUCUAAAUCAGAGAAAAAGGAGAAGCAAGGAGUACUUUUGGAAUACUACGAAAACAGGAACUUUCUCUGUGAUACGCUCAGAGUACUUAAUGUUGCUAACACUGCUGUAACUAGUACAGGAGUACUUCUGGCUUUGGUACAUGUUCCACAGUUGGAAUCUCUAGCAGAAUAUAGCCAUAUGGGAAGAGUAAUGGAAGUUAUGAACAAAGGACUCAUUGGAUUUAAAACUCCAUUUAGUCUAACUCAAGCAAGAAGUUGCAGAACAACACCAGUUCGUUUAGAACUUUUAGCGCAGGCAUGCCCAAGAGUUGAGAAAUUACAUAUUUCAGAGCCUCAUCAUCCUCCUGAGGCUUUGAGAUUAUUUCCCUAUGUCACUUCCUUGAGUGUGCACAGUAUACCAUCUCAAAGAGAAUGGUUGGAUGGUUUUUACGAUUAUCUUCGCACUAAUGGUCACAAUCUACGCGAACUUAAUUUGAGAAUAACGCAAAACGAAAAUCCUAUUCAAGUUGAUUUAAAAGAAGUUUUUAGUAAUUGUUCUAAUCUUAGAACAUUUACUAAUGAUGGAUCAAACAUAAUUUGGACAGAAGGUGCUGACCCUCCUCCACUGAAAUACUUGAAGAAAAUACAAUUAGGCCGUAUAGUAAGUGCUGUUGCUAUUACAAAACUUCUUUCAUUAGCACCAGAGUUAACAGCACUACAUGUUCAUAGUUGUUUUGAUCUCACUAAUGAACACUUGGAAAAGUUAUUAAGUAUAUCGAACAAACACAGAAAUCCAAGAAAGUCUGAUAAGUGUGAAAAUAGUUUAGUACAAAACCUAACAUGUUUUUACAUAUACGAGGCCAGUAAGGUAUCUGCAACUACUGUGCUGAAUAUGUUUAAAAACUGUAAAAGACUGAGAAAGAUUGGAAACUUGGCAAAUUGGGGUUUGGAUUGUGAAGGCGUAAGGAUGUUAAGAACAACAUUAACUCACACAAAUUUGGAUGUGGAUUUAUGUCCAGGAGCUCAUUGGUUUUGUGGUAAUUGUAUCCAAUAACAGAUUUUUUCAAACUUCUAUGUAAUAAAAACAGCUUUUUAAAAAUCCUGUCCAUGACAUAAUCGGCUGCUGUUUAAAUCUGUUAUACUUUAAUAGACUGUAAAAUUGUCAGUAUUAAAAAUAAUGUUAAUAAAUAUAAGAAAAUUUAUAUUUGGAAAAACGCAAAUAUACGUUUAUUAUGUAAUUAAACAAAUAUAAACAUAAUCGCAACUGGUAACAGUAAUUGGUCGUCUUAGCAUCUUAUAACAAAUAUAUUUUUGCUUCGUUUAAUAAAUUCAGAUUUGAUUUUGUAUGAUUAUAUACUUUGUUACGAUUAUAAAUACUAAAAUAAUAUUCAACAAUAACAUACUAAAUAUUGAAUAAAAAAACUAUACUACUAUCUCACGUUGCAGUAACUUACUUUAUAAUAAUAAGAUUAACAAAUAAAUCAAAAUAUAUGAUAUGAAAUAUAUGAUUUCUUAUACUAUAAAAUAUAACUAUAUUAUGUAUUCAGUUAAAAAAGUUCCAUUAAAGAAAGUAAUGCCAGUAAAUAAGUGACAUGAUAAAAUAUAUAAAAAAAAAUAAAUAAAUAAAAUGUAUUUGUCUUAAGUAUAAGUUGUACUACUACUUUCGAAUCGUAUAUUAAUAAUUACAUAAAAAUUUCGAAAAAAAGAAAGAGAAAAAUUGAUUUGUGUUGAAUGAUCCGAUAUAUUUCGAACUUAGUACAUACGUAUCAAAUUGCAAUAAAAGAUUUUUGACAAAAA